AAAAAAAAAAAAAAAAAAAAAGAGAAAGAAAUCCGUAAUAGAAAUGCUAGAAGGUUAGAAGGUUUCAGUCAUGUCCCCAAAAGGCCCCCGUCUGGGUGAGACAGAGGACAGAGGAGGAUAAGGAUAUCCCCAGCCCUGUGGGUUCAGGGACAGGAGGGAGGUGGGGGCAAUAGGGGCUCCCAGAGGGGGCAACCUGGCAGGAGGAGGGCCGCUGUGGAGCCAGAAGCAGGGGGAAAGGGGACGUCAGGGGCAGGGGUCUUUAGUGGAUGACUGGCUUUGAGAGCUUCCGGGUUGUCAUGUUUAGAAGGGGUGGAGUCCAGAUGAAGAGGGCGAGAACCACACCCCAGGGGAACAGGAGCUCCCCAGGGAGGUCCCACACCCUGAAGCCCCACCUACACGUCGCCCCUGCACAGCCCCGCACUCCGCCAGCAGGGAGCGCACGCCCAGGUGCAAGGAGCUGGCACCUGGGCACACGCCUGGCCACACACCUGUGCAGAGCCGGUGGCAGGCCCUCCCGGCACAGGAAUGGCGCGCCCCCAGCUGCCGCCACUUCUGCUUUUGGUGCUGGUGCUGCUACUAAAAUCUAAUGAGAAUGACACUACUCCCUCCACAGGUACGACCUCAGAGAACAGUAUGGAGACAUCAUCUCUCAGCUCUCUGAUUUCUUCUUCCUUCACCCACAACACCCUCAGUUCAGGGGAACCCCCCAAAACCUACUCCAGCCCCCUGAGUUUGGAGACAAGCUCCAUGACCCACCUCAGCCCCUCAAGUUCAGGGGCAACCCCUACCAUCCAGCCUAGCCCCGGUUCCACAGAGUCAAGGAUGAUUCCCUCGUCCCCACAACCAGAGACAACCACGCACCCUAGUUCUGGUUCCCCCAAUGCAGAGCUCACCCCCUCUUCCCAUUCCACCCUCCCCAGUUCCGAAUCCCUGACCCCGCACUGGAGCCCCACUUCCCACAGCCCCGGAACGGAGCCCCUGACCUCCACUGACCAGACCUUGGAGCCCCCUGGCCCAGCUCCAGGUGACACUGGGCCCCCUGAGUUACACAGGAACCCGGGUGUGGUGGUGGUCGUGUGUUUGCUGGUGUCUCUUUUGCUCAUCGGGUCUGUGGUCACGGCUGUGAGGUUCUGUCACCGGGAUGAGUCCACGUUUGAGAAGCUGGACGAGGUGUCCAUGGGAUCCAUGAAUGACAGAUUGUCCUUUGCCCACCACCUCCAGGAGUGAGCCCUGAGGAGCCAACAGAGAUGCGAGCGUGGAUGGGGCUGGGGUGCCUGGGGAGGAGCAGAACCUGAGAAAAUAAACCCCCUACCAUUCA